AUGUCUACAACCACUGGGGCUUUCAUCGCCGGAGGCAUCGCAGCCUGUGGGGCAGUCACCGUUACUCACAGUUUCGAGACCGUGAAGAUCCGGCUACAACUCCAGGGAGAGCUACAAUCCGAUGCUGUGAAGAAAUACAAGGGUGUUUUUCAUGGCAUCAAGGUAAUUCUGCAGAACGAGGGCCCGAAAGGCUUGUUCCGGGGUAUUGGUUCAGCUUAUGUUUAUCAAGUUCUCCUGAACGGUUGCCGCCUGGGCUUCUAUGAACCUGUUCGCACCGGCCUUACGAAAACCCUUUACGGCGAUCCCAACGUCCAGUCUCUCGGCGUCAAUGUCUUCAGUGGAGCCAGCUCCGGAAUUAUGGGCGCGGCAGCUGGCUCACCCUUCUUCUUGGUGAAGACUCGACUGCAGUCGUUCUCUCCUUUCCUCCCCGUUGGUACCCAGCAUAAAUACAAAAACGCAUACGAUGGACUGCGACAAAUCCACCGGAAUGAGGGCCUCAAGGGUCUAUACCGCGGCGUUGGCGCAGCCAUGGUGCGGACAGGCUUUGGAAGCUCCGUCCAGCUUCCCACGUAUUUCUUUGCUAAAAGGCGGCUCACAAAACAUUUUGGAAUGCAGGAAGGCCCUGCUCUUCACCUGGCUAGCAGCACUGCAUCUGGAUUCGUUGUAUGCUGUGUGAUGCACCCACCUGACACAAUCAUGUCUCGCAUGUACAACCAGACAGGUAACCUCUACAAAGGCGUUUGGGAUUGUUUUUACAAGACGAUCUCUACGGAGGGUGUCUUAGCCAUCUACAAGGGCUACUUUGCGCAUCUUGCGCGUAUUCUACCUCACACCAUCUUGACUCUCAGUCUUGCCGAACAAACCAUCAAACUGAUUCGCAAGGUCGAGGACCAGGUUCUGUCGGAUUCUCUACGAGAGAAGCUAUGA